UCAGAAAAUGCGAUAAGAUCUGCAUCAAGUUGUAAGAAGGACAAACCUGCAAACCAUCAGCUCCUCUGAUUCGCUUUCAAAAUGGCUUCAAGACCAGGAGAUCUUCCAGCACUCGAGGCCAGUACGUCAUCUGGAUUUUUAAGAUCCAUUUCGUCCCCCAUUUUAAUGCUUCGACGCAACGCCAGCUAUGGCGAUGACUUGUGUGGCCCCACAUGUUCACCAACCGAAGACUUCACUGCCACCAUCCUGUGGAAAGAACCUGUCCGCUCAAAGACCAAAUUCAAAUCCAUCGCACAGGACAGUGACAGCGAUGGGGAGUGUCUGGCUUUUGAGUCUCCAUCACGACCCAAGUCACCGGCGCCCGGGGUGGGCAACUCUGUAGUCAACCUGUUCACAAGGCAAAAAUCCCAGGAAAAGCUCCUGAGGGAGAACCAGGGAGGACAGACAGAAGCACUUUUUUCUCCCCACAAGGGAAUCGCCACUGAAGAGACCCGCUUUAACCGCUGUGAUAGCCCACACCUCAAGUUGAGAAUGCCCACCGGGGACUUCAAGGAAGACAGGCUUACAACAUCAGCACACGCCACCCCAGGUGGCACCCCAUCUGUCACCCCCUCUGUUACCCCCAGUGUCACCCCUUGUGUCACCCCCCACUCAUCUCCUGCUCUCACUCGCAGGAGCUGGCUCCAGCUGGGUUCUGCACCUUUCCUCACUGCCCCAGAGCGCAACAGCCCCACCCUCUGCCCAGACAUGGGAGGAAAUGAAGGAGGAGGGGGAGACAGAUGGAACUUCUUUGGAACUCGAUCUGUGGUACAGAGGUCCCCCACCGAUCCGGGCUCAGAAACCAACACAGGCUUCUCGCUGCAGUCCUACUUCGGCCUGCAGAAGUCCUCCACCAUGGACGGCAGCAACGCCCAGACCAACUUGAAGGUGGACGACCCAGCCAAAUUCAUGCCCCCGAAGAUAGAAAUCUCAGAAAUGGAAACUAAGCGAGCGCCCACGCGGCCGCACAAACUCAAACCUCGGGACAUGAACGUUUUAACACCAUCAGGCUUCUGAAGUCACAUCAGCUCGUCACUUCCUCUUCUGAACCACACCAGUUUUUUUUGUUUUGUUUUGUUUUUUGUUUUUUCUGUCUGCUCAUUUCUUCUCCCACCUUCCUCUUUCUCCUCUGCCCGUCUUAUAAUAAACUGAAGCUGUGAUGAAUGAAGGCCUCCGACAGUAUUUGCUCACCAGCCACAGUCAACCCACCCACUGGAUCAAAUGCUGUCUUCUCAAAGUCCACGCCAUCCCCGUCCUGCCCCAAUGCAGUGGUCCAAAUUCAAAUAGCCAAAUGAAGCCGCUUCAACACCUUCAACUUGUCACGUUUUGUUAUGGUAUACGUUUGUAUUAUUGUUUCUCUGUAACGCGUUCUGAUUGCAUUGGCGUGUGCUGCCUUGCUGUUCUUCAUUCCAUUGUCGGUGACGGCAUGAGAUCAAAGUUGAAAUGGCUUGUCAGGCUUUGAGCCUCUCAUCAAAACUGACAAGCUGUUUCAGUUUACAACACUCAGAUGUCUGCCACUCUUGUACAUACAUAUUUUUUAAUCUGAAAAGAGCUCUGAUUGAUAGUUGUGUAGUAUGUUUCUCUGUCAGCAUGCAGAGUUUAGUGUGAAGUAUGACUUGAUUUUGUGCCUCAACUUGCAGCAUUUGGGUUUUUUGGUAUUAUUGCCAUCUAAGUUUAGUAUUUUUUGUUACAAUAUGAGAGAGUUUCUAAUUUUACUUGACAAAGAGUGACUGAUCUGGAGUGAUAUUUUUUUGUUUUUUUCAAGAAAUUCAUCUUGAGGUGAUGUCUUGUGAGAACUAGACCAAUUUUCUGUCUAUAUUCUUUUAAGACUGAAACGUGCUUCUGGUUUUCACAGCUCUUGGGAAACAAUAUAUUAACCACAUUUUCAUCACUUACAGCUGUACUUGGAAAAAAAACACGCUGAUACUUGACUCAAGUCAUGUGUAAAAAUAAAUGUUGGUCCACGUCCAAUGAACAAAGUUUAGUUUUUUUUAAUAUAUAUCUGAUAAUUGAAUUGAUAAAGUCAGUUACAUUUUUAUUUAGGGCUGCAAUGUUCACUUUAACGAGACAAGAAAAUGGCAUUGGAAUGUUCAUUUUCUUGGAGGGGUUAUUUGUGUUGACAGUUGAUGAAUUCCACAAAGUAAUUGCACAAGGGAGAUCGCCUCCCACUUCCAUGUGUGAAUAAAUCGUAUCACAACAAGCA